AUGGAAGGAGUUCCUGGAAUUCAGCCCACUACCACCAUCACUACACAUACCACAACGCCUACCACAGAUCCACCACUAUGCCGGCACAAUUGCAAAUCCACCACACAAAACACCACCACCCCAACCGCCGAUCCACUACCACAGCCGCCAAAAUCGCCACACACUGAGCACCGCUCCCUACCACCAAAUGCUGCUUCCGCCGAUGAAGAGGAUGCCACUACCGUUAGUGAAGAGGACGAGAUGGAGACAAGUCAACUUCUGCAUAACCUAUCCUGGAAGAUUUUAUUCAAAAUGCUUUCCAAUAUUGCCCAAAUCCGUCUGGUGAGUUCACAUCCUGAAGUGUAUGACCCAUGUGAUGAUUCAUUUGCAUUGGUUGAUGCACUUCUAGCGGAUAGAGCAAACUUAUUAGAGCACCGUCCUUCAAUUUGCAUGGAAGUUGGUUGCGGUAGUGGAUAUGUUAUUACUUCUCUAGCUCUUAUGCUUGGGAAAGAUAGUUCUGGUAACUGGAAAUGA